AUGCUUGCUUUACAAGGCGAUGCUGAGGCCCACGGCGCUACCAUUGCAUUCCAUUGCGCAGUGGUUGGUGGAGCGCAGGGCGGCUCGUUCGACGAAAUCUUACUCCGUUAUCGCGUACAAGGCGACGACAACACGCAUGUCCUGCCAUGCAAUUACGUUGUCAAUUGUGCUGGCUUGGCCGCACCUCACGUGGCAAACGCAUUCGCGCAUCCGACGGCGUUUAGUGUUCCAAUGCCGACAACGUUUGCCAAAGGCAACUAUUUUCGCCUAAUCAGGAGUGUCAAGCCCUUUCGGCACCUAAUGUACCCCGUGCCUGAAAAGGGGGGGCUCGGCGUUCAUGCGACUCUCGAUUUGGCGGGCCACGUGCGGUUUGGCCCUGAUGUAGAGUGGACGGAGAAAGUGGAGUAUACGGUGACUGCAGCGAAAGCUCGGGAAUUUGCACGGCGCAUUGCCACGUACUGGCCAAAUGUGGCCGAGAACAGUCUCGUUCCAGACUACUGCGGCAUUCGCCCCAAGUUGAGCGGCCCCGACGACCCAGACAUGGAUUUCAUGCUCGCGGACGCUUCUCACCACGGCAUGCGUGGCCUGGUGCAUUGCUGUGGCAUCGAGUCGCCAGGCCUGACGUCGUCGCUCGCGAUCGCUGACGAAGUGCUGGCCCGCCUCGGCCUCAACUGA